AUGGAGCCAGUUGACAGUGAUCGUAAAUUAGGAACAAUCAUUCUAGAUGCUUUCGAUAAAAAUCCUGAUCACGUGGCUCAAAUUGACGCCAAAACUGGUGAACAAACCAGUAAUGGAAAAAUGAAAGAAUGUAGUAUCCGUUGUGCUUUGUGGUUAAAAAAGUUAGGAAUCGGUCCUCAAGAUAUCAUCGUCACUUGUACUCAUAAUCACUUGGAUUCUUAUGUCCCUUUUAUUGCCACAAUUUUUAUAGAUGCCAUUUUUAAUGGUUGGAACUAUAACAUAACAUUGGAUGGCGCGCGAUGCUACAUGAAGCAAUUUUUGCCGAAGGUGAUAUUUACAUGUGAGAAAGUAGCUGAAUUGCUUCGAGAAGCUUCACGACUAGAAAAAUUGAUUGUGGAAAUUGUAGUGAUCGGUAAACAUUCAAGCUUACCAACCUUAAUAGACAUCAUAAAUAGUCAGGCUGAAGAAGAAAUUGCUAAUUUUAUCCCUGUUAAUCUGAAGAACCCAGAAGAAGUAGCAUUUAUAUUCUUUUCAUCGGGUAGUACGGACCGCCAAAAAGGAAUUAUGAAAUCUAACAAAUCAUUAUUAUCCACUUUACUAACUCUACCCAGUUUUACCUCUACGGUAACACAAAAAUUCUUAUGGUACACAACGCUCGAUUGGGCAAGUUGUAUUAUAUUUAUAUUACAAACUAUUUUAAUGGAGCAAACUAGAAUCAUCCCCACUCAUUGUGUCGUUGAAAAUCUCUUUCAAACCAUCGAAAAGUAUAAGAUUAACAGAGUAUUUUUACCGCCUAAUUUCAUCCCAUACGUAGCUAAGUCGAAUCUUACACAAAAGUAUGAUCUGAAAAGCUUGCAUUUUGUCAUUAUUGGUGGUAUCAAGUACAGUAGGGAUAUUCUUGAAGAUCUAAAACAGAAUAUCCCCAGUGCAUUUUUUUAUUAUUUUUACGGAUCUACUGAGCUGGGAAUCGUUUUUAAUGCAACACCUGCAUGUAAACGUAUCGAGUCAGUUGGAAUUAUUACUAAUAAUGUUAAAGCAAAAUUCGUUGAUUUAACAACCGGUGCAAAUCUUGGACCGAAUCAGCCAGGCGAAAUCUGCGUGAAAUCGCCAGCUAAAAUGAUUGGGUAUUAUAACAAUCUUGAAACUACUAAACAGGCUUUUGACGAAUACGGAUGGUAUCAUACCGGAGACAUAGGAUAUUACGACGAGACUGGUGAAGUAUUUAUAGUUGACCGAAUCAAUGCAAUGAUCGAAUACAGAAACCAUCAGAUUUCACCUGUAGAGAUUGAGGAAACUUUGUUGUCGCAUCCUGAUAUACAAGAGGCCAUUGUUGUAGCACUUCCACAUGAAAUCGAUGGCAAUUGGCCCGCAGCUUUUUGUAAAAAGGCGCCAAACAGUAAUGUAACUAAAGAGGAUCUUAUGAAGCUUACGUCCAUUCUGGAAGAUUACAAGAAAUUACGAGGGGGUAUUCAUUUUAUUGAUAACUUUCUAUAUACGACAUGUGGAAAAAUUGCAAGGAACGAAAUGAAACUUUUGGCUAUAAAACUAGUAUCAAAGGAAAGUGAAUAA